ACAGCUUCUACAGAUUAUAUAGCUCAAAUGGAAUGUGUUGAAGUCACCAUGAUCCUGCUGAUAUGCAGCUUAUUUGUCAUCAUACCUGGCACCGACUCUGAAUACAUUCAGCUUCAGCCCACGCAGCAUGGCAGAAAAGGGGACUCUAUGGUGCUCAGAGUUGAGACUCAUUUUAAUGUCAAGGAUGUGCCGUUCCAGGGAUCCUGGUUCAAGACCAAGCCCAAAGUCACUCCUUUGGUCACUUUCCGGUUUUCUCCCAGUACAACCAGUUCCAUCCCCAAUCUGCUAGUGAAGAACAUCACGAUGCAGGAACUGCCUGAUGUUUCACUGAAGUUUGUGGAUCUGGACGAAGACACAGAGGGGGAAUACGAGCUGCAGAUCAACAUCGUUUUUAAUGAAAACGCUCCUCCAGUUUCUGUCACUAAAACAGUGACGGUUACAGUAAGCGUACCGGUCUCCACUCCUGUUAUCAGUAAAACUCCAGAAUCUGAACUUGUAGAAGACCGGGACAACGUAACACUGACUUGCUCUGCUCAACACGGCACGAAGAUACAGUACAAAUGGCUAAAGGACAACAUGUUGGUUGGUCCAAGCGAACGGCACACAUUCUCUGAAGAUAACGGGAUGCUUUUCAUAAACCCCGUCAGGAAAGAAGACAUGGGGCAGUACGUUUGUGAGGCUCAUAACCAGAUCAGCAGAGCACAAAGCCAACGGUCUGAUCUCAGCGUGUUCUAUGGGCCUUAUAACCUGGCAGUCAAUUGUGACCAAGCUCUGAAAACGGAAGGGGUUUUUACGGUAAACCCAGGGGAAAUGGCGUUUUUUGAGUGUAAUGCGGACUCGAAUCCUCCAAACACCUUCAUUUGGAUAUCGAAAACGGAGAAUGGGACUGAGAUUGUCAUGACGGGGCCGCGAUUUGGGGUGAAGACGUAUGAGUUGCCACAGGGAAAAGAGUUCUUGUGCAGAGCUUUCAAUAACGCAACAAAGAAGCAGGACGAGACCAAGUUCACACUGGUGGUGGCCAGACUGGACAGAGGAAAAGCAAAAUUUCUCCAGGAAGGGAGCGCAGUGUCUUCGCUGGCGUUAGUUACGGUCACUUCUGUGCUCAUCAUCGUGUGUAUGAUGUUUGUGCUGCUGAGGAAGAGCUGCCAUCCCAAAAGAGUUGUGAAGAAUUUCUGCAGGCGGACGAUGACGGAGCAGAGAGGACUUCACCGCUCUGGUCACGAGAGUGCAACCGAGGACUUUGGAAUCUAUGAAUUUGUCUCUGUAGGUGAAAUGGAGUCAACACAGGCAUCCUGCAGGUCUUUGGCACGGCUGGAUUCAGUCAGAGAUUUGCAUACCACCAUCUAUGAUGUCAUCAGACAUGUGCCUGAAACGCCAACACUGAGCCUUUUGAAAUGAGAGCCGGAUGCUCACGUGCGCUCAGAUGAAAGAUUCUUCUCACUACAGGCACACAUUCAAGCACUUCUUUUGUUUUACAAUGAUUCCUUUUUGUACUUUUACAAAUCUUAAACUCCUGAAAAUCGUACAACUUGUGCUGCGCACUGAAGUUUUUAUAUGAUCUUAAAAAUAGUCACAUAUAUAAGAGAAUUAUGAGAUUUUUUUUCUGUAGCAAAAUGCUUAGAGUAUUUAUAUAAAUGCAGCCGCCAUCUAACGUUGUUGUUUUAGUGUCUUUUUCAAUGUAAAUAUGUGUUUUGUAAAAAAAAGAAUGUAUUUUUUGCACACUGCAGUGUAUUGCCAUAAUUCCCAUUACAUCUUAAAUGUCACAAUUCCUUUGCAUUUCACGGGUAGCAGCUUUUGAAUGUAAAGCAGACAUCUUCUGUCUGUUCUGUUGUUUAUGUCUGUCACCUGUUCAUAUUUUAACAAAGAUGAAUGAUCCAUAACUGCAAAAUAAAA